CCACGCACCACGCCGUUUCCACCACCACCCUCCUCCUCUCAUUCUUUCUUGUCUUGGGCUUUGCUUUGGGCUUGUUCCCAAUUCACAAAAUAUCUUGGACUACACCUCACUCCAUCACUCACAUCAUCACGCCCGUACGCCAAUCGCCAAUCUGCCAACGAUUCACCGUCGCCCAUCGCCCAUCGCCGAUCGCCGACAAGCCGAUCAGCGGCCUUGAUCGACCCAUCGUCUCACGUUUCGGACCGGCACCAGAGUACCAGACACUGACGGACACCUCCUCCCUCCUCCCUCAACCUCCAACCUCCGACCGCUCUCCUCUCCCCCCCUCCCCCCGCUCCCCAGCCCCCCUCUUUUCCUCACAAUGUCGACAGCAGCAGUGACCGCCCUCGCGUCGCGCCCUUUGAAGCCUCGCGCUAAGAAGGCGCCUACGGUCGACGCCGACACACCCUCGCCCCCCGUCUCGUCCGCCCCGAGUCUUAGCGAGCGGUCAGAGGAGCCGGAUCCCGCUGCCGCGGCCGCGAACGGCGACCGCGACCCCAACGACUUUUUGUGGAUGUACACUGAAGAGCCGCAUCGUAGCCGUCGCAUGGCCAUCCUCAAGCACCACCCCGAGGUCCGCAAGCUCAUGGGCCCCACCAAGUGGACGUUCCCCGUUGUCAUCUUCGUCCUAUCCCUCCAGGUAUCCCUCGCGCUCUACCUUCGCCGGUUCCCGACACUAUCAUGGCAGACUCUCCUCACUGCGUACGUGAUCGGCGGCACCUGCAACCAGAACACGUUCUUGGCGGUCCACGAGAUUACGCACAAUCUGGCGUUCAAGAGCAUACGCGCGAACAAGCUCCUUGCCAUCGUAUCCAACUUUGCCAUCGCCGUACCCUACGCCAUGGCGUUCAAGGGCUACCACAUUGAGCACCACAAGUUCCUCGGCGAGGACGGCAUCGACACGGACCUGCCGAGUCGCCUCGAGGCCAUGAUCCUCAACAAUGUCGCGGGCAAGACAUUCUUCGCUACCUUCCAACUGCUCUUCUACGCUCUGCGCCCCGGCUUCAUCCGCAGCCAAAAGUUCACGUACUGGCACGCGAUCAACCUCACCGCCGUGCUUGGCUUCGACGCCGUCCUCGUCCACUUUGCCGGCUGGCGCCCGCUCUUCUACCUCCUCUUCUCAUCCUUCUUCGCCGGCUCGCUCCACCCCAUGGCGGCGCACUUCAUCGCCGAGCACUACCUUAUGAACCCCGUCGAGCCGGGCACGGUGCAGAGCCUCGCACAAGAGACGACGAGCUACUAUGGCUGGCUCAACAUCUUCUGCUACAACGUCGGAUACCACAACGAGCACCACGACUUCCCCUCGGUGCCGUGGACACGGCUGCCUGCGCUCCGCCGCCUCGCGCCCGAGUACUACGACACGCUGCCGAGCCACAAGAGCUGGCCGUACGUUACAUGGCAGUUCAUCACAGACCCCAAUGUGGGCAUGUGGAGCCGCGCCAAGCGCAACGGGCGCGGCGAGCGGCUCGACGAGCACGUGUGGAAGCAGCUGUGGGAGAAGCGCGAGGAGGUGAGCGAGGACAGCGAGUGCGACUUGAGCGACUCGGAGAUUGAGCGCGAGAUGGAGGAGGCGGUCGAGAUUGGGUAUGCGAGCGACAGGUGUGAGGAGUGAGCGAGGGAGUGGGGAAGUGAGGAGGGACACUGCAUGUUGAUUUGAGAAAACACGUCGUGCUGGGACUAGACAUGCUAGAUCUAUAGAUCUAUGAAUGUAGAUUGGAUCUGAG